GAGCCGUCAAAAGACAAACAAGCGUUGUUUAUUACGUUUAUUACCGUUCAGACGAUGACGCCGGCACUUGUUGUACAACAUAUCACCCGUGGGGGGGCAGUGUCGUCAACGCAACAUGAAGCGUAGAAGAAGAAUUCGACGAAGGCGCCUUGAGCAAAUCAUAAUAGACGUGACGGGAAGCUCCUAGGAGGUUCGGAGCUCUGCCGACAUCGGGUUUUGGAGCGGCACAACAACCGACAGCAGCUUCUUUGUUGCGCCAUGAGUGAGUUUCGGAUCCACCACGACGUGAACGAGCUGCUCAAUCUUCUUCACGUGCGGAGAGGCGAUGGCGCUGAAGGCUACAUCGACCGUCUGCAGAAACACAGGACACCUUACGUCACCACCACAGUCUCCGCCCACAGCGCCAAGGUCAAACUAGCAGAGUUUUCCAAAACGCCGGAAGAUUUUCUGAGGAAAUAUGAGGAGCUCAAGUCGAAAAAUGUCCGCUACUUGGACCCACUGGUCUAUCUGCUGUCCAAACUGUGCGAGGACAAGGAGACCCUCCAGUGUCUUCAGCACAACGCUAAAGAGCGUUCAGAGGCGUGCACCGCUACCACGACAACAAGCGGCCCAAGCGUGACGACCAGCAGCUCCAAGAUGUCCAUGCAGGAACUGGACGAGCUGAGGAAGAAACUUGGCAACGUGACGGCAGCGUCCAGUGCUCCCAUGUCGGCGGAGGUCACCAGGAAGAUGUUGCGAGACAAACACAACAAGAAGAAUCCGGGUCAGCUCAGUCCCGUGUUCCCCAGUUGGGUGUAUGAGCGACCCUCGCUUCUGGGGGACUUCAUUGCCGGCUCCUCCCCUUCCGCCAAUCAGGCCGUGUCAGUGGGCACCAUGUCACUGGCUGCUCAGGAGCAAGUCGUGCUGGAGGACCUGCUCUUCGUCCUGGUCGGCGUGGACGGACGAGAUGUGACGUCUCAGCCAGUUCUGGGUCGUCAGAACCGUUCCUUCAUCGUGGACGCCACGCUGGACACGUCCGUCAAGGAGCUGGUGAACCGGAUCUUACCCGUGGCGUCGUACUACUCCACCGUCACACGCUUCAUCGAGGAGAAGUCAUCCUUCGAGUAUGGCCAGGUCAACCAUGCUCUGACGGCGGCCAUGCGCACGCUGAUGAAGGAGUACCUGAUCCUGGUCACGCAGCUGGAGCACGUGCACAGACAAGGAACGCUAUCCUUGCAGAAGCUCUGGUUCUACAUCCAACCCACCAUGAGGACCAUGGAGAUCCUGGCCUCUGUCGCGUCAUCUGUGGACAAAGGCGAGUGUAUGGGCGGAGCCACGCUGAGUCUUCUUCACGACCGCACCUUCAACUUCACGGGUGACGCUCAGGCGCAGGAAGUGUGUCUCUACCUCACCAAGGCUGCCAGCGUUCCCUACUUUGAGAUCCUGGAGAAGUGGAUCUACAGGGGUAUCAUCAGGGACCCCUACAGUGAGUUCAUGGUGGAGGAACACGAGCUGCAGAAGGAGAAGAUCCAAGAAGACUACAACGACAAGUACUGGGACCAGAGGUACACAGUCGUGCAGCACCGCAUUCCCUCCUUCCUGCAGAAGAUGGCCGACAAGAUCCUCAGCACAGGAAAAUACCUCAACGUGGUGCGCGAGUGCGGGCGCGAUGUCACGUGUCCUGACGCCAAGGAGGUCUUGUACACGUUGAAGGAGCGCGCCUACGUGGAGCAGAUCGAGAAGGCCUUCAACUACGCCAGCAAGGUUCUGCUGGACUUCCUGAUGGAGGAGAAGGAGCUGGUGUCGCGUCUCAGAUCCAUCAAACAUUACUUCCUGAUGGACAAAGGGGAUUUCUUCGUCCACUUCAUGGACCUCACAGAAGAUGAGCUGAGGAAGCCCGUGGAUGACAUCGUUCCUCCAAGACUGGAAGCUCUCCUGGAAUUGGCGCUCCGCAUGAGCACGGCCAACACCGACCCGUUCAAAGACGACCUGAAGAUCGACCUGAUGCCUCAUGAUGUCAUCACCCAGCUGCUGAGAGUACUGGCCAUCGAGACCAAGCAGGAAAAGAGCAUCGCCAACGCCGAGGCCGCCGACGCCACCCUCAGCGGCCUGGAGGCCUUCUCCUUCGACUACAUCGUCAAAUGGCCGCUUUCGCUCAUCAUUAACAGGAAGGCGCUGACGAGGUACCAGAUGUUGUUCCGUCACAUGUUCUACUGCAAACACGUGGAAAGGCUCCUGUGCAACGUGUGGAUCAGCAACAAGGACUCCAAGCAGUAUUCCUUACACACCGCCAAGUGGUUCUCUGCGGCGUUUGCGCUGCGUCAGCGCAUGUUGAACUUUGUCCAGAACAUCCAAUACUACAUGAUGUUUGAAGUGAUGGAGCCCACCUGGCACCUGAUGGAGAACAACCUGAAGACGGCGUCCAACAUCGACGACGUGCUGUGUCAUCACACCAGCUUCCUGGACAACUGCCUGAAGGACUGCAUGCUGACCAAUCCCGAGCUGCUGCGCAUCUUCUCCAAGCUCAUGGCCGUCUGCGUCAUGUUCACCAACUGCAUGCAGCGUUUCACGCAGAGCCUCAGGCUGGAGCGUCUCUCUCUCGAUGCCCCGCCCACGCAGAACCAGGCCGAAGCCGACAAGAAGAGAACCGCUAAGGUAGUCAUCCUCAUGUCAAGUCACGUGACGCAUUGAUCUGAUACUCGGUUCCUGUUGCAGCACGCGGAUACGCUCCCGGCAUCGGACAGCGGCUUCGAGGCGGCCAUCGUCAACUUUGACAACAACUUCAGCGUGUUGCUGCUGGAUCUUCUGGACAAGCUGAGCAUCUUCAGCACCAACGACUGCGAGCACAGCAUGAUCAGCAUCAUCUACAGGCUGGACUUUAACGGCUUCUACACGGAGCGUCUGGAGAGGAUGGCGGUGGAGCGAAGUCAGAAAUAGCAUUACGAUGCUCCACGCGGGAGCGUACAUAGAAGAGUGUGAUACACGUGAUGUCCACCAGGGGGCACUGACAUCUGUCAUCUGUAAUAAAGACUUUUUUUUUUUACACAGA